AAUACCAUAUCUGUGUAAACUGCAAAGCUGAUUGUAAGCUUUGGCUGUUUCCGAGAUAAUGGAAAUUAACAUUAUCAAAUAAAGGAGAAAUCCAGCUUUCCAAAGAUGCCAAAUAAAAUUUGAUGACGGAUAUAAAACUUUUGAUAGAGAGCGUGUAAGAUUGGAAAAAUUGAUUAUUUUUUAAUUAAUAGGGUCAUAAAAAUGGUAAUUUACCCAAUUUAAUUCCGUUUAGCCCAUAAAUUACAACAGGACAUUGUGGCUGAUUUUAGCGAAAGAAUGUUUAUUAUCGCAUUGCCAAUGUAUUGUUCACAUAUAGAAUAAGUCUGUAUUUUGCAGCAAGGUUUUUGUUUAAAAUACUUAAUGCUUUGGUAAAAUACUGAAACAAAAUGGCAACUCCGGCCAAACAAAGUAGGCUUGAAGAAUCCUCUAUUGCUAGCAUGCUGUCACAUGAACUACCCGUACAGUGGGAGAGAGGUCGCAUGAUCGGCAGAGGCGGAUGUGGAACUGUCUAUCUUGUGCUGGACAAGGACAAUCCUGAUCAGGAACUCUUCGUUGUUAAAGAUAUAUUCGUCACGGAAAAGGAUAAAGUUGAAAUAACGAAACAGUUUAAAACAGAGACGACCGUCCUUCGAACAUCAGAAACACAUCCACGAAUUGUACAGUUCUUUGGAUAUCGUCAGUUAGACAACACAUUCUCCAUCUUUUUACAAUACUUGAAAAAUGGGUCUUUGACUGACUACAUACACAACAAUGGCAAACUUCUAGAACCUAAAAGUCAACUUUUUUCAAGACAAAUUCUUGAAGCGGUUGUUUUUCUACAUGACAACAAUAUCAUCCAUCGAGAUAUAAAAGGAAGAAACAUACUUCUUGAAGACGAAGAUAACAUCAGAUUAACGGACUUUGGAAUUUCUAAAAUCCUGAAAGAUGUCACGAGUACUGGAACAGCCGGCAUCGGUACUUUGAGGUGGAUGGCACCGGAAGUGUUUACUGCAGAUAAUGCAACACAAAAGUACAACAAGAAAGCAGAUAUUUGGAGUAUCGGUUGUACUGUUGUCGAGAUGAUCACUGGUGAAGACCCAUAUCCUCAAUGUAAAAGCGAAGCAAACAUUUGUUUUACAAUUGGGCACAAGAAAGAACCACCUCCGUAUCGAAACGUUUCCGCCAGUUGUGAUGAUUUCUUAAAGAAAACAUUCACAGUAGACCCUUUAGCAAGACCAUCAGCCAAAGAUCUACUGGAAAAUGAUCCAUUUAUAAAUAGUGGACAAACAGAGAGCAGCCUAUCUGAUAAGCUACCUGUAAAAUGGACCAGAGGUCCUCUAAUUGGCGAAGGUGCAUUUGGAAACGUUUAUCUUGUGGUUGCGCAUACAGAAAAUUACAACAACGAGACAUUCGAUACAGAGUGCGAAACAUAUAUUAGUCUUCAGGAUUAUUUUGUUGUAAAAGAUAUUCCAAUCAAAGAGACCAACAAAGUUGAAAUAAAGGAAAGGUUAAAAAUAGAGACAACAAUGUUGACAUCAAUGGAGCAUCCACGUAUUGUACAGUACUUUGGAUAUUAUCAGACAGAUCAUAUUUUCUCCAUCUUCCUUCGGUACAUGAAAAUGGGCUCAUUGUAUGACUACAUAAGAAAGCAAGGAGCAAUAACCGAGUCAAAAAUUCAACUAUACACCAGACAGAUUCUUGACGCAGUGGCAUUUUUGCAUGACAAUAAUAUCAUCCAUGGAGAUAUAAAAGGUAAAAAUAUAUUGCUAGAAGACGAAGAUAACAUCAGAUUAACGGACUUUGGAAUUUCUAAAAUCCUGAAAGAUGUAACAAGUACUGGAACAGCUAGUAUCGGAACUUACAGGUGGAUGGCACCAGAAGUGGUCACUGCAGAUCCUGCAACACAAAAGUAUAACAAGAAAGUAGAUAUUUGGAGUAUCGGUUGUACUGUUGUCGAGAUGAUCACUGGUGAAGACCCAUAUCCUCAAUGUAAAAGCGAAGCAAACAUUUGUUUUACAAUUGGGCACAAGAAAGAACCACCUCAGUAUCGAAACGUUUCCGCCAGUUGUAAAAAUUUCUUAAAGAAAACAUUUACAGUAGACCCUAUAGCAAGACUAUCAGCCAAAGAUCUACCGGAAAAUGAUCCAUUUAUAAUUAGUGGACAAGCAGGAACUACAAAAAAAAAGCUAUUAGAUCAUAUCGAUGUAAAAUAUCGAUGUGAAAAAAAUCCAGGCCAUAAACAAUUUAUACCUGUGCAGCUGUUUGAAAUGUCCCAUUUACCUAUAUCAGCACAAGAUAAUGAAUUGUUUGAGUUAAUCAAAGCGAUAGCUGAACUGACUGUGUACGUACGUGUUAGAUUUACAAGUUACGAUAGACCCAAGACAGUUGGAGCUAGAAUUAAUGCAACAUAUCCAUUUUACUCUAGCAGAGGGAGUGAUUUCUUACGUUCGGGAUCUGGCAUGAUCGACCUGGAGCAUUACGAAAUCUUGACAUCCAUGUGUAACUGUACAUAUUGCCAGAGUUUAGAUUUCCCAGAAAAGACGGGGUUUACGUUUAAUGUCGUAACUGCCAGACAUCAUACGUAUGACGAUUCUGAAGCAAUAAAAUCAGAAUGUCGUGUUUUUUAUGAUAGUGACACAUCAAACUGCAAACAUGUGCACGGCAUAAGCAUCGUCGAAGCCGAUGAUGAUGCAGAUAGAUGUGUUAUGAAGUGUGUCUGUCACGAUAUGACUCUCCUGGAACAAUUAAAUACAACAUGGCAAAGGUACAAAGAGCUAAACAGUAUUGUUACAGGUAGAUAUAAACAUCAAAAAGAGAACAAUAAAUUAUGUGUCAUCGUAUCACAUCCGCAUGGAGCAUCUAAACAUGUCACUGUUGGCGAAUGGGUUGCUAGAGAAAGUUAUGGGAAUGUGCCCAUAUUAAACAUCCCUCUGACCAGGUACAAUUACACUACAGCAACAUGCCCUGGUUCCACUGGUGCUCCAGUGUUUAUCCUAGGUAGUGGUGCUGGUAUGUACCAUCACACACACUGUGUCGGGAGACCGGAUUUUAACAAUAGCGGAAUGUUUUUUGACUAAAAAUGUUUAUAAAUCUAAAACAGACAUAUGUAACUAAAUAAUGUUAGUAAUGAAAUAUAGGAUCUUGUUAUGGUAAUUGUGAAGAAUUUUGUUCAAUUACUGCGUUGUUGAAACAGAUAACAAAAAAAAAUUGAAAACUAACGUAAACUAGUUUAGAUGUUAUGAAUGGCAUGUAAUUAAAAAAAAACAUGACUAUGUUUACUUUUCUCGAUCUUAGACUCAAAUACUUGGCUGUUGUUAGAUCUACAUUUGACAUCAUUGUCUUUAGUUAACGAAUUAUUUUCGUCACCAAUACUAUUUUUACUGCAUUUAACCAUUGUUUUUAUGUCUGAGAGCAUCACAGCUAUUUGUGUUUCUAUGUUAAUAUCUAAUGUGUGACUUAUAAGUUUAAAAUGGUUUAGACUGUAUUUACUUAGAAUGUUAUAGCUAUUUACUUUUUUCAAAAAUAAACUGUCAUAUGUAUAUUCAAAAUGUUUACCCUAUU